UAUCUACAGCUGUGCUGCAAUAUUCGCGUCUGUCGCUAUUUCAAGUGACAAGAUAAGGUUCUCCGCAGCACCUCAAAUAUCGGCUGCCGAAUGGUGUUGACGCAAGCUCGUGUGCACGCUCGUUAAACGUUAUAUCUCGUAUGCUUUAUCCUGGCUAAUGGAAUAAACAAAGAAAAGGAUCGCACAAUGGCACAAACGUAUGAAAUUGAUGAAGCUGGGUCGGUCGACGAUGUGCCCUCUAUCAAGCACGAAAUCGAGUGCGCCAAGCUUUAUUUACAAACAUUUUGUCCCGAGGCCGGUAAUAACUUAUACGAUCAUAUCAGUGAAAUAUUGAGCAAAAUACUUUUGGAGAGACCAAAAAAUGCCUUUACUUUGUUCGAAGAGUAUAGUAAAAAAUUGCGAAACGAUAAAUUCAAAGCCUUAGACAGUAAUCAGUUAUGCGACAUGUACGUGCCGCCUCCUCCGUAUAAGAAUGCCAGGAUACUUCUUAAACUUUUUAAAGUUAAUUUACCAGCCACUAAAUCAGUCCAUAGUUCAGAAGAAGGCAUUGAAUCUAUCCACGAGGAGAAAAUUGAAAUACCAAAUAUGUUCGAUUUAUUGUAUUUUUUUGAACAAGCCGAUGUUGGCUUAACUCGAGUAGAGAUUGUAAUUUUGAAUUUAAGCAUUCGAAAGAUAGUUGCUGAACAAAGACUUAAGAACAUACGAUUUUGGGGAAAGAUUUUAGGGAGGACAAAUAAUUAUUAUAUAUUAGAGGCUACUUUAACCGAAGAGGAAUUGGAAGAGAGACUAGAGAAAUUGAAAGAUAAACAGGAAUAUUUAAAAGUGGAAAGUGAAAGUAUGAAUACGAAGGAAAUUGAAGAAACUGAAGAUAUAGAGCUAAAAGCCUUAGAAUCGGUAAUGCCAACGAAAUUAUCAUAUGAAGAAGGAGAAGCUGUAGAAGGUGAGAGCCUUCAACUUGUGUUUCCAUCAGUUCCAAUAAAUACAUGGAAAUCAUUACCAGAAGUAACUGAAGAAAAGUUAGGAACUGGAGCAAAUGCCAAAAUUUACUAUGUUUGCAACUCACCAGGAAUUGAUAAUUGGAUCGAGCUUCCUUCAGUAACCCCACAACAAAUUGUUGUUGCACGACAAACUAUCUACAUAUUUACAGGAAAUUUAGAAAGUGAAAUUCAUACAUUUCCGCCAUUUCCCGGAAAUGAGAAGAAUUAUCUACGCGCCCAGAUUGCACGCAUUGGCGCAGCCACACAUGUUUCACCAAUUGGUUAUUUUGAAUUCGAUAAUGGUAUUGAGAGGGAUGAUAAUGAAGAAGAAGAAGAUGAUGAUGAUGAAGAAAUUGAUGAAAAUGAGAGAGGCCAAAAUAAACCAAAAGAGAAAACUGGAAUCGUGAAGAAUCAGAAUUAUAAACCGUUACCUCUGGAGGAUCUAAUUGAUCCGUCAAUGUCGAACUGGUGUCACCAUAGUCCUUACAUACUGAAGCAGGGGCGUGUAAUAUGGCAAGAUCCAAUGAAAAUUAAUAGUGAUGACGAGAAUGAGAAGGACUACGAGUGCGAUGAUGAGGAGGUCGAGGGAGAAGAGACGUGGAGCGACGGAGAAGAGGAAAAGAGCGAAGAAAGUGAAUUAGCAAAGGAAGUCGGGCCACCUUUGUUAACUCCACUAUCCCAGGAUCUUGCUACAAAAUUUGCAACUCCUUGGACGGCUCGUCAGUCUUCGAAAAUACAACCGGACACGGCAGUAGCUCUCGUUAGGUGUAAUGUUUGGCCGGGCGCAUACGCGGCUGCUAUCGGCAAAAAAUUUGCCAAUUUAUAUAUCGGAUGGGGUUAUAAACACAAUGCAUACAAUUACAAUCCACCAGCUAUGCCGGAAAUUCAAGAUCAAUAUGUAAUUGACUCCGAACUUGUGGAAAUUCAGGAUCCGAGCUUUGAAGAGGAGGAAGCUUAUCGCAUCGCCCAUUUGCUCCCCACUCUCGAAGCUGAUGAUGAAGAGGGAGAAGAAUCUGCAGAAGUUGACUGCAUUGAGAACGAUGAUGGUUAA